GCUCCAGGAGUCGCCAUUGAUGGCCCCAGGAAAAGCUCGAGCUCGAGCUAGAACCUUCCCGUCUGAUGGUGAUCCUAUCUAUAUUCAUAUAACAGUCUCGUCUCCUCCGCGCCACCAUUACCAGGUACUUCUUCAGUUUCUGAGGUCUGUAUCGCACACCCUCUCUCUCUCUCUCUUUCUCUUCUUUCGAUUGGUGCGGUCGGAAGAUCUGAGUCGCAGCGCGAAGCUGUGUGCUAGGGAAGGCCACAUGGCCAAGUGCUACCCGACCGUGGGCGAGGAGUACCAGAAAGCCGUCGCGAAAUGCAAGAGGAAGCUCCGGGGGCUCAUCGCCGAGAAGCACUGUGCUCCGAUCAUCCUUCAGCUGGCAUGGCACUCCGCCGGCACCUUCGAUGUGAAGACGAAAACGGGAGGUCCCUUCGGGACAAUCAGGCACCCUGCGGAGCUUGCUCAUGAAGCGAACAAUGGAUUGGAUAUCGCCAUCAGGCUUCUGGAGCCAAUCAAGGAACAGUUUCCGAUCCUGUCUUAUGCGGACUUCUACCAGUUGGCUGGGGUUGCUGCUGAGAUAACUGGAGGGCCUGAGAUUCCUUUCCACCCUGGGAGACCCGACAAAAAUGAACCUCCCCCUGAAGGCCGGUUGCCAGAAGCUACAAAAGGUUCCGACCAUCUAAGACAAGUCUUUGGCCAUAUGGGUCUUAGCGACAAAGAUAUCGUUGCCCUAUCUGGUGGGCACACUUUGGGUAGAUGCCACAAGGAACGCUCUGGAUUUGAAGGACCCUGGACUGCCAACCCUCUCAUUUUUGACAACUCCUACUUUAAGGAACUCCUUAGUGGAGACAAGGAAGGUCUGAUCAAGCUACCAUCCGACACGGCCCUUAUUGAAGAUCCAGUCUUUCGUCCUCUCGUUGAGAAGCACGCUGCGGACGAGGAUGCAUUCUUCUUGGAUUAUGAAGAAGCUCACCUGAAGCUGUCGGAGCUAGGGUGA